CGAAGGCCUCGCCCCCGCCAGAACCGCGAGCUUUCAGCAGCAGCCGAGGCAGUGGAGGGCCGGCGCUGCACCUUCCCAGCCUGCGCCCCGAUGCUGCGCGUCGUCCCCCGCGCCCUGCGCCUCCCGCGCCCCUGGAGGCCCUUUCGGGCCCGCGGUUGCGCCUCCGACGGGGCGGCCGGAAGCCCUGAGAUCCAAGUGCGCGCCCUGGCGGGUCCGGACCAAGGAAUCUCUGAGAUUCUGAUGAACAGACCUCGUGCCCGCAAUGCCUUAGGGAACGUCUUGGUCAGCGAGCUGCUGGAUGCUCUGGCCCGGCUGCGAGAGGAACGGCAAGUGCGUGUCCUGAUCUUCAGAAGUGGAGUGAAGGGUGUGUUCUGUGCAGGUGCAGACCUAAAGGAGCGGGAACAGAUGAGUGAGGCGGAGGUGGGGGUCUUUGUCCAGCGACUCCGAGGCCUGAUGGAUGACAUCGCAGCCUUCCCUGCUCCCACCAUUGCAGCUAUGGAUGGGUUUGCCUUGGGCGGAGGCCUGGAGCUUGCCCUGGCCUGUGACCUCCGAGUGGCAGCUUCCUCUGCAGUCAUGGGACUGAUUGAGACCACUCGAGGGCUCCUCCCAGGGGCAGGAGGGACUCAGAGGCUGCCCCGCUGCCUGGGAGUGGCUCUAGCAAAGGAGCUCAUCUUCACGGGCCGAAGACUGAGUGGAGAGCAGGCCCACUCGCUGGGGCUGGUGAAUCAUGCUGUGGCCCAGAACGAGGAGGGCGAUGCUGCCUACCACCGGGCACGAGAACUGGCCCGAGAGAUCCUGCCCCAGGCCCCCAUCGCUGUGCGGCUGGGCAAAGUAGCCAUUGACCGAGGAAUAGAGGUGGACAUUGCAUCGGGGAUGGCCAUUGAAGGGAUAUGCUAUGCCCAGAACAUCCCAACCCGGGACCGGCUGGAGGGCAUGGCAGCCUUCAGGGAGAAGCGGCCUCCAAGAUUUGUUGGCGAGUAACCCCCAUUUAAUCUUAAGCACAGGAGAUGGAUGCCUUAAAGAGCAGGAUCCAGAAAGGAAAUCCGCAGCUGACUGCCCUCACCAUUCCACCUCUUUGGGCUUCUGCUUCUUCACAAGGACGACGAUGGAUAUGAAAUGAUUGCCAUAGUGCCUGGUACCUGGGUGCUGACUAUACCACUUACUGCUACCUUCCUCAUCCUCACUAUGGCUAAUCACUAGGUUGGAUUUGCUUUGGAGAAUGCCUGUCUCUCUCCCUACUUGAAUGAUAAACUAAGGAUUAAAAUAGAUCCCUCUGGAUUUUUGUAUCAUUGGCUCUUAGGCCCUCUGUCUCUCAAUUAUCAGGCACUCACUAGAGAUAUCAAGAGAUUUUGAGAAAUCCGUAGUUUCUUCCUCUGGACUACAGAGAUUAUAAAUAAACCCUGGUUAUUGGGUGAGCAUGUGUCAGCAGUCAGACAGCAGAUCCUGGCUCUCUGCCAGUCACUUGCUGUGUAACCUUAGACAAAUUGUUCAACCUCAGCUUCCUCAUCUGCAAAAUGAAAAUGUUGUGAAGAUUUUUAAAAAAAUAAAAACUCACGUUCAAUAAAUGUGUUCUAAUUGUUAACUUA